AUGAAUCAACUAGAUUUAUCACCCCAGCAUGCAAGUGUAUUAUUAGGAAUAUCUAAUACUUUUGGAACCGUGCCUGGAAUAAUAAGUCCUACGAUUACUGGAUACUUAGUUCCAAACAGGACAAAUUCAGAAUGGCAGGUUGUCUUCUUUGUUACGAGUGGUAUUUACUUUGCUGGUGCCAUAUUCUAUGGAUUGUUCGUAUCUGGCGAAGUUCAGAGUUGGUCGGAAGAAAAUAUUUGCAGAGAGAAGUCGUCUAAUAAUCAGAAGGAUUCAGUAACGGUUGUGUUUAAUAACAGUGUCGAUAAAACAUGAAUUCUCUGUGAAGCAUUUUAAUAGUUUAGACAAUUUGCAUUAAUUGCAAUUAAUGCGAUCUAUUAUUUAACACAUCUUCGUUUUCUGAAGAGAAUGUGAAU